AUGCGUCUAGCCUAUUACCGCCCCCAGGCCCCGCUUCCGCAGGAUAAGAUCCUCCAACUAAUGCGUCUGUGGGUUGAAGAUGAACACUGCACCCAUGUUAUGAACAGAUUCGACAUAGACACUUCCUACAAGCCAUGCACCGUCAAUGCAAUCGGUGAAUCAUGCCAGACUCCGUUUCACGAUUUUCAUCAAGAUAUUUCGGCCAUGGAGGGUUGGAUUGCCGAGGCCAUGUGCAACAAAACGGUACCCAUCUAUGUGACUGCUCCAGGCAGCAAAGAUAUGUUUGGCGCACAUCCCUCCCGUGAAUUCGACAGGCACAUUUCAACUUCGCUCUUUUUCUGGCUCUACAGCCGCAGGUUCCGCCCAUACCGCAGCAACGUCGAGUUUGGGCGGUUCAUUGCACACCCAAUUCAUCCAGCCCAUCUGACCCCAGGCCUGGAGCCGAACGCCUUGGCACAAGACGUAGUGUCGAUGCACAAGGCAAUCUGCUCCCAGGUCGAUUCCCUCGUUGGAAAACACAAACCUAAGUGGGCCUGGGCUCCCCAUGACGACAGAGAUGUGUAUUGCGAUCCCCGCGUUUACCUAUUGCAGCCAAUCUUUCGAGCACUCGUCAUGAUAUUCCCGUCUCAAGAUUGUAACCUUUUCAACGCCAACUUUACCACAAUACCCGUCUUCCUGGUCCUCACAGGCGUCACUGAAGGUCUCAGCGAGCCCAUUACAUUCGAGUUUCUCGAUACUAAAGUUGAGUGCCAGCGGUUUUCCGACACUUUGAUCCAGUUACCACUUGAAGACGCGAUUCUCUUUGUCGAAAAGGUAGAGGCGCGUGAAGUUGCAGCCUACGGCCAACGCCCAGAUCUUGCUACGAUGGAUCAAGAGCUGUACCAAUAUCAUCUCAAGCUCAAUGGCUCGGAGCACGCGGAAGAGGAAAUGGUUCGACUCGGAUGGGAGGGUGAAAUACGUCUGGAAUGCCCCAGUUCGGAAUGGGUGUGGAAUCCCAAGAAGUAUCCCGACUUAGCUUGGAAGCUCUGGGAACUUGUCAACGACGAGGAAUUGGUGUGGCAUGAUCUCCGUUAG